GUACGGGUGGUAGUCUACUGUUUAUCAGUUUAAAACUUAAGAAGUUAUUUUUCAAUUUGUUAUACAUAUACGAUACAACAGUAGAAAUUACUGAAAACAAUGUUCAAACUUGUUUUAGUAGCUUAUCUGCUAGUUAUCGUGACAGGAGAGGACGAGAAUGGAAGAAAGUGCACACGUUUAAACUGUCCGAGCAAUGACGGCUGCUUGAAACAGAAAGUUUAUGAGAUCCAAAGUAAAUCUGUUGAGAAAGAUAGGAAGAUUGCUAAUUUGACAGCUCGGCUUGAUCAGCUAGAAGAGUUGGAUACUUUGGAUGACGAUAAAGAUGAAGAAAUUGCGAGUCUGACAGAACGUGUUAAACAAAUAGAGGGUGCAAUUGCAUCAAAACCUCUUGAAGGCAAUACAGAAAAAGAUGAAAAGAUUGCAAAUUUGACACGUCGUUUAGAAGAAUUAGAAUCAACUGUGAGGUUCUCCCAACAGCUACUGACGACACAACUGACUCAACUUAUUGAACUGACAGAUGGUUUACUGGCACAAGUGCAGAACAAGACUUCUAAAGUAACAUCUGAAGUGAUGCCAAGUGAGGAAGCCAUAGGAGCUGGAUUAAGAUUUUUCUGGGAUAGAACCUACAGAAGUGUUGAAACAGCUUUGACAGGCUUGUUACCAUCGCAAGUGGAAAGUGGAGAUUACAUAUGCAAUUUACUCUGUGGAAUGACUGGAAUAGGAAUACAUGAGGGCAAUUCGGAGCUAGAUUGGGAUGAAGGGUUCUUCCUUGCAAACCAUUUAAAAUGUCUCCGUAAGGGAGCCAAUGUUACCAUGAAAUGGAAUGGGUUGCAAAAUGUAAAUGAAGUUCACGGCAUGGACUACCUUAUGUGCACAAAUAUCCCAAACAAAGUCGGGGAGCAAUCUGGCAGUCAAACGAUCUUUCUCGAUGAGGAAAGACGAUAUCACUUUGUAUCAGGAGUUGGAAAUAACUGCAUUGAUGAAAACAUUAGGAUUGCUAUCUGUGCUCUAAACAAGGAUGUAAAAUAUCUAUCUCCACGUAACCAAUACUAUUACUCAACACCCAGUACUACGCCAUCACCAUAAAGCACCAGGAAUCACUGGACAACUCUACAACAAUCUUACAAACCAUCGACUGAGACUGAGACAAUGAAAUAACAAUAACAUAUAAGGAUAUAAUAUAAUUUAAUGGCUCUUUAUGCUGAGUCUCCAGCUUUCUUGAGCAGUUAGAGAGUAAUGUACACAAAACUGCUUCAAAUAAUUGAUGUUGCAAAUUUUAAAUGUGCAUAUCGAAGUUUAGAUGCCUUGCACCAAUAGGAAACAUGUUAUUCAAGAACUUGUUUUUAAAAUAUUCAUAUAUAAUAGUGACAAAGCUUACAGUAUACAGGCUUAUUGUUUAUGCAAGCAGUUUGAAGAGAGUGAUUACAACUUUAGACAUUAGAUGGAAAAAAGUCAAAAGAAAGUCUAUUAAUAUCAAUGUUUUGAGAAGUAGGUGAAAAGUUAUCUUAAAGAGUGUAUGUUCUCUUAUAAAUAAUUGGUGUACAUGUUAUCAUGUCAACUGGUAGUUUAAUUGCUUUUGGUUUUGAUUUAAUUAAAAA